AUGGCAAACCCCGCUACUGGGAGCGCGAACCCGAGCGCGUCCCUGCCCGCUCUGUGGGGCUACAUGGUACCUGCACUCGAUCAUAUCAUCCGGUCUCCGACCAACGACCUUACGAAGGCACCGGCGAUUGACCCAGCCUAUCAUAUGGGCGUCCAUACCGCCGUGUACAACUACUUUACGAAUAAGUCCACGGAGGCGCAGUACAAUCCGCCUCCUGCUCGUGGAGAUAAGGGCAAGGGGACGUCGGCGGUCAGUGGAAUGGACCUUUACCACCAGCUCGACGAUUACUUUGGGGCGACCGCUCGCGAGGUCCUGCUGGGAACCCCGCACGACGACUCGACCUUGGUCCACUAUCUUAUCCCCUGCUUCAACCGCUACUCAGCUGGGGCUAAGUCGAUCAACCGACUACUUAACUAUGUCAACCGGCACUACGUGAAACGCGCAGUCGACGAAGACAGAGGCUGGUUGCGUUUGAAUGACGUGCUUGACGCCGUUGCUAAGACAAUCACUGAAGAUGACGACCGUGAGCAGAUCUCGCAGAGGCUGAAGGAGAGGAGAACAGAGGAGUUGAAGAAGUACGGCUACAAGGAUGGAGGGCCCGCGGAGCUUUAUAGUCAGGCGGAAGCGUACGCUGAAGCCGCAAGCCCUCCCGAUCGAGUCGUACCUCUGCUUUCUCUAGCGUACAGACGGUUCCGAAUCGAUGUUAUCGAGCCCCUUCUGGCUAUACCGAAGGUGAAAAAGAAGAGCGGCAAGAACAAAAGGCCUCCCCCAAGUAACGGGGAUAAGACUCCGGGUCCGAAAGGAAGGUUGGCUAGAUCUGUGAAGGAGUUGCUCGAGACAAAGGGAGGGGAUGAGGAUGAGAAGAGAAGGCUCGCUUCGGGGCUUCUCAUAUGCCUCAAGACAUGUGGGAUACGAGCGGACCAUCCCCUCAGGAAAAGGCUUGAGAAAUUCCUGGUAGCUGAAGUCUGA